AUGUGGCAGCAUAAUGCGUCGCCGCAACUAAAUCGGUAUAAUUCUGCUAGCGAAUUGACACCUUCACCGGUAAUUCCAUCGCUUAGAACAGACUCAUCUGUAAUGAAUGGCAAUUGUGGGAAUAGUGGUCUACUGCCUCAAUCAUUCAACUUGCUAGGAAUGCCACAGCUUGAAGACUCGACGGAGAUCCAAUCUUUUUUCAUGCCUCCCCCAAAUUCGACAUUUCCAGACAGUCACGAGUUUUUGCCACAUUUGUUACCACAACCACCCGAAUCACCACAGCAAGCAGAUCAGCAAUAUGGCGUUCAACUAUUACCAAAUUUUGCAGACUUUCCAGCAGAAACGAUAAAUUACUAUCAACCACCAAUGCCAGUAACUUUUUCGAGACCAACUGUAGACUUUUUUUCAGAAGGAAUUCCAACACUUCACAGUGCACAUGCUUCAGUACCGACUCUACCACCGAAUCUAAGUGCUUUAGAUGAUACGCAAUCGCAAGAUCAAAUUGCGUUGGAAAAUCGGAAAGUUGUCGACACUUCGACUCCAUGUCUUUUCGAUUCUUCUCUACCGAUUGUUUCUGACACAGAUCCAUGUCCCCCGCUGCAGUCAACACUGGCAGUAUCGGUAGGCACGUUUCCAGCACGACCAAGCAUCGUAGGUGGUACGAACACGCCGUCGGAAUUCUCGCCGGUGGCUGAACCAUAUUGUCAAACAAAACGAGGAGGUGGAUUAGCUCUUGCUCAGGAACCAAAGUUUUCACCAGACAAGCGCAAAUUGUGCUGUGUUGAAGGAUGCAAAAGUCAAGCUCGAGCUUUUAAUCGUUGCAAGCGCCACGGUGGAUCAAAACGCUGUUCCAGUCCAGGAUGUACCAAGAGUGUGCAGAGUCGUGGACUUUGCAUUCGUCACGGCGGUGGCUCACGCUGUCAAGAGCCUGGGUGUACGCGAGCAUCACAAAGUCACGGACGUUGUAAAAUGCAUGGUGGAGGACGCCCUUGCGUUGUAGCAGGAUGUGAGAAAAAAGCUCAUUUAAAAAGAUUGUGCCGUCGACACGGUGGCGGUGCCAAGUGUUGCGUGACAGGAUGUGACAAGUGGGCUCAGCGCCAAGGAAUGUGCAUGACGCACUCAAAGAUAUUGACAGCGCAGCCUUCCGACACGCUUCUUUAUAGGACAACACCACCAUUAUCAUCCUCAGACUCGUCUCCGCCUCCAUCACUUCAUAUAUUUGGCGAUGAGGUGUGA